UGUUCAGAGCCCUUCGUAACGAAAUAUUUAGAGCAGUAGCUUUAUCGUGGUCCAUAUCAGUGUUCAAGCUCUUUUAAGCGUUGGAACAAUCUAGUACCAUGAGUAAAAUGAAGGAUUCUCCUUCGGACAAUGAGGCUGAAGAAGAGUUCAGUGUGGAGAAAGUUUUAGAUAGAAGAGUCAUAAAGGGAAAAGUUGAAUAUUACUUAAAAUGGAAAGGAUAUUCUAAUGAUGAGAAUACAUGGGAACCAGAAGAAAAUUUAGAUUGCCCAGAUCUGAUCGCUCAAUUUGAGGACCAACGGAGGAAGAAGGAUGGAGCUGCAUCUGGGAAACGUCAUGAAGAGAAGGAACAAAAGAAACGAAAAAGUAAUAACACACCGACGCCCACUCAAGCCAAGAAAAAGGCAGCAGUGGAAGAAAAGAAGCUGGAAGGUAAAGGAUUUGAUAGAAAUCUGGAGCCUGAGCGUAUUAUUGGAGCAACGGAUUCUAGCGGCGAACUGAUGUUCUUAAUGAAAUGGAAAGGAACAGACGAUGCGGAUCUGGUACCAGCACGCAUUGCUAACGAGAGGUGCCCACAAAUCGUAAUCAAAUUUUACGAGGAACGACUCACGUGGCACAGUCCAGCUCAUGAUGACGAAAACUCUGCAAAACCUGACCCGGAGUAGCGUCCAGCGUUCCUUCAUCAUUUAUUUUUAUUAUUGCAAAGUAUUUCCUUGUAACAUUUAUUCUAGGUUAUUUGCGAGUUUUCUAACUUUUGUAGGUGAAAAAUAAAUAUAUCAAAGAUUUUUCGAACCGCAUUGAUAUAGAACAGUAUAAUGUAGGAGGAAUUAAAAAAAAAAAA